AUGAAUAUAAUAGGAUCAAUAGUUUUAUCAGUACUUAUAAUAAUUAUCAUUAAACUAUUAUUUAAUAAAAUUUUUAAAAACAACAAUGAAACCCAAGAAAACCAAACAAUUGUAGAUAAUAAUAAUAAUAAUAAUAUAAAUGAGAUUGUAAAUAAUAAUAAUAAUGACAAUAACAAUAAUAAUAACAAUAAUAGACCAGGUAGAGGUUUAGGCAGAAUGAAUAUUAGAAAUAGGAGACAACAAAUUGAAGAACCUGAAUCAUCUGAUUCAAGUGAUUUAUCAAAUUCUGAAGAUGAGGAAGAUGAAGAAGAUGAUAUUCAUAAUGAAGCCAAUUUAAAUUUAGCAAAUUCACAGAUCUCAAAGUUAAAAGCAGGUAAAAAGGUUGGAACUAAAAAAUUAGAGAAAUUAAGAAGAAAAGAGGAAAAAAAGAGAGCCAGAGAGUACCAAGAACAUACGAGAGAAGAGAAAAAGAAAAAUGAGGAAGAAAGAGAUGCUCGUGCUCAAAAGAAAAAAGAAGAACAAAAAGAAAUUGAAAGAUUAAAAAAAGAAGAGGAAGAAAAAUUAAGAUUGGAGCAAGAAAAGAAAGAAGAUGAAGAAUACAACUUACAUAAAAUUGAUAUUACAUUAGACGAAACAGGUGAGGAUAACCAAGAUGGCAAUAACGACCAGUCCUUACUACAAAAAUUUAUCGAUUAUUUAAAAGACCACAAAAUCUGUUUAUUAGAGGAUGUAGCUAUGGAAUUUAAUUUAAAAACCUCGGAUGUAGUUGAACGUAUAAAGACAUUGGAUAAAGAGGGUUUAAUUUCGGGUGUUAUUGACGACAGAGGCAAAUUCAUUUAUAUUACAAGAGAUGAAAUGGAAUCUGCUGCUAAAUUUAUAAACAGAAAAGGCAGGAUUACAAUUGACUCACUUACAUCAUUCCUUUCUGAAAUCAUUGACUCCACAACUGAAACUCCAAAAAAUGAAACAACAAAUACAACUACUACAACUGCAUAG